UCAAGUAAAACAAACGUAUUCGGGUUGUUGUUCUAUUCAAUAUUGACCAUUACUACCGUAAGACAAGCCGGCAAGGAAAUUUUGGAACAGUUAUUUAAAAUAGAAUUUAGACCAUAUUUAAUAUGACAACCAUAGAAAAACUCGAACUCGAGCUAAAAGAUGUUGACAAAGAGAUAUCUAAAGUUAAUGCAGAAUUGGCGAAAUGGAAGGACCGACAACGUGUGCUUCAUGAAAAGAAACUGUCAAUAAAGAAUUCAAUAAAUAAAAUGAAAACGGACACAUUGUCCAGUGUAGACUGGGCAGGUACCACGUAUCAAUGGUCUGAAGAUGUUACAAGAGUAUUGAAAGAUGUUUAUAAAAUUGAUUCAUUCAGACCUAAACAGCUGGCUGCAAUUAAUUCUACUCUGUCAGGACAACACGCCAUCGUAGUUAUGCCAACAGGUGCAGGGAAAAGUCUGUGCUAUCAGUUGCCUGCCUUAGUGAAACCUGGUCUGACUGUUGUAGUGUCACCACUUAUAUCCUUGAUGGAAGACCAGAUAAGAUCAUUAACCAAUAGAAACAUACCAGCUAAACUAAUGUCAAACACAAGCACAAAGGAGGAAACGUCUGAAGCUUUAAACACAUUGAAGGAUAAGAACACAAAGAUCAAGUUGCUGUAUGUAACACCUGAAAGGUUUGCUAAAAGUAAAAGGUUCAUGUCAAAUCUACAGGCUUGUUAUGCAGCAGGCAGGUUACAAAGGAUAGCCAUUGAUGAAGUGCACUGUUGUUCCCAAUGGGGCCAUGACUUCAGACCAGAUUAUAAAUACUUAGGUAUUUUGACACAAAUGUUUCCAAACACUCCUCUCUUAGGGCUGACAGCCACUGCUACUGCUAGUGUCCUGACUGAUGUCCAAAAAAUUCUUAAUAUUCCUGGUUGCUUAGUUAUCAAAUCUACUUUUAAUAGACCUAAUUUAUUUUACAAAAUACUUGAAAAACCAACAUCACAAGAAGAAUGCCUGACUAUACUAGAAAAACUGUUAAAAGGUAGGUACAGGGGUGAAAGCGGCAUAAUAUAUACAAACAGCAUUAAAGAUGCUGAAGACAUUGCUGGGGGGCUGCGAAAGAGAGGUCUGAAAGUUGGAUGUUAUCAUGCAAACUUAGAGGCUGCAGUCCGCUCACAAGUGCAUACAAAAUGGCAUGAAAAGUACUAUCAAGCAAUUGUAGCCACUAUUGCUUUUGGAAUGGGUAUUGACAAACCUGAUGUUAGGUUUGUUAUACACCAUACAAUAAGUAAAUCAAUGGAAAACUACUAUCAAGAGAGUGGCAGAGCUGGUCGUGAUGGCCUAAGGGCAGAGUGUGUCACUCUGUACAGAAUGCAGGAUAUAUUUAAGGUCAGUACCAUGGUGUUCUCCUCAGUUGGUAACUUGGAACAUCUGUAUGGUAUGGUCAAGUACUGCCUUAACGGUUCAUUAUGCAGGAGGCUUAUUAUAGCUGAACAUUUUGAUGAAAAUUGGGGAAGUGCAGAUUGUAACAAAAUGUGUGAUGUUUGUUCCACUUCCAACACCAGUGAGAAGAAUAUCAAUGUGAGGUUGUAUUGUAAAACAUUGGGCAGUAUUAUUGAGAAUGCUGAGAAACAAGAUGUUAAACUAACAGCUCAGAAGCUACUGGAUGCUUGGUUCCUAAAAGGUCCAGUUAACCUUAGACACAAAGGAAAAGAACCAACCAUUUCAAGAGGCCUAGGUGAAGAUAUUAUUGCAUUCUUAUUACUUGGAAGUUAUUUGGUAGAAGAUUUUCAUUACACAGCAUAUUCUACUAUAAGUUAUAUAAAAAAUGGACCAAAUAUGGAUGCAGUGCAGGAUGACAGCUUUGAACUGACUAUGACAGUAAGAAGGUAUACAUCUUUUGAUCUACAAACCCCGCCACCAAAUGAUUACAAACCAAUUGUAGCUCUUGAGCAAGUGGAUGAAAGUGUUGAUGACAGUAAAUCAAAAAAACGAAAGCAUGAUGAUAACAGUAAAUCUAAAUCAAAAAUAAGAAAGACAGAUGAUUGAUUAGGUUUAAAUCUGUAAAAUUUCUCAAUAUGUAAGUGUAAUAAUUCAAAGUUCAUAUGUAUAAAGAACUAGCUACCCUCGCGCGGUUUCACCCGCUGCUCGGCUCCUACAGGUCGUAGAGUGAUGUUUUAUAGCCUAUAAUAGCACUCAGGAACAUUGUAGCUAUCUAUCAGUGAAAGAAUUUUGGAAAUCCGAUCAGCGGUUUCAAAGAUUACCCCCUACAUACAAACUUGCAAACUUACAAACAUACAAACUUACUAAUUUUUCCUCUUUAUAAUAUAAGUAUAGAUAUUUGUUAUUCACAAACCCUCCAUCUUUGGAUGCUGAUCAGUAGAACAUGACUUUUUACCAAUUAUGUUACAUAAAUUGUCUAAUCAUGUAGAAUUAAUAAUUAAGCAUGUGGUAUGCCUGAUUGUAUAUAAGUGACACACAAUGUAUUUUCUAUAGUGUCUGCAUAUGAGAGGGAUAUACUGCAUAUGCAUAUGAGAGGUUAGAUUAGAUUUUUGUGACUUUUUUAUGCUACAAAAUGAAUAUGUAAACUUCUGGACAUUGACUCAGCAUGUGCUAAGUAAUGAUGUCGUCAUCAAUUGAUUUGAUCUAGCAACUACUUAUAUAUUAAGUGGUAUCUUUAAGUUGCUAUCAAUUUAUGUAUAACUUUACUUCAUAUGACUUGUAACAAUAUACUAUUUAGUUGUUGUCAUCAUUAUCAGCCUAUGGCUGAGCAAUGCCCUCUUUUAUGAGCAAUUAAACCAUC